GGCCAGUUGACGUAUAAGGACGGAAACAAAACAGUGAAACGUCAGAUUUAGAAUAGGUCUGACGUUUCAUUGAAAAAUUAUCAAAAAAAAAUCUAAUAUUAAUGUAAAAAAAUACGAAAAAAUGCUCAUAUAGAUUAAUAUGCAAAUUUCCAAUUAGCAGAAAUAACCUCACUUGCAAAUCGAAAAUGGCAAAGUGCUGCCCUUGUUCCGCCACAAGCGGUGGCAAGUCGAGCUUACCUCUGAUCUGCCUAGUGCCGCGGGAGGAGCCCCGCGCUGGCCGCCCGGGUGCCGCCGCCACCGGAAAGCCACGCGCUACCUCCGCCAUGGACGCCACCGCCGGCCUUCAGCUGCUGGACGAGGAAUACAUAAGAAAGAACUUCAAGCUGCCACAACGCGCUUUAUACCUCGACCCGUUCAGACGUCCACUCAUCACCUUCCCAAUGACACAAGAGGACGUGAAGAACUUCAACCUGGCCCGCAAGUACAAGAUAAAUCAGCAGAUUCUGGACGGAACACUGGACGGCAGUGAGGCUAUAUCUGCUCCGAGUGUUUUCCCCUACGCAAAAACCGAAGCGGAGAAACGAAAAGAAACUGAAGAUGACGAAGAAAUUAUAUACAUUCUACAAUUACCAGACUGGGAGUCCCAGUGCCCUGUUCACAAAGAGACUAUCAAAACGCCUCGAUUCAUUUGGCAUUCCUGCAAGAAAACUAAGAAAGAAAAGAAAGGAGAGUUGAAACAGGGAGGAGGACCAUUGAAUAAACCUAAACCGUGGCUACUUAGUAGACACACGGAUUUCGAUUUACUAUCCCAGUGGUAAUUUAUAUGUUUCGUAUGCUUCUGAUCAUAUCUACCUAUUUAAUAAAUGUACAAUAGCUUUUAUAUUUAAAGUAACUAAUAAAAAAUGAGCAGA